UUCGCAGGAAAUGGGAGAUAAUGAAGAGAUGGCAUAUGGUGACUGCGUGCGCGAUUAUCGCCUACAGGAGGCCCUCUACUUCAAGAUGUACGCCCGCCUGGAGGUGCAGGAGUGGCUGCUAAAGGACUCCGCACGGAACAGGGCCUACCGCUCGGCCAUUCGUUGCAAUGCAGCGGCCUUCAAGGACAAGACGGUUUUGGACGUGGGAUGCGGCCUGGGCACGCUUUCGCUGUUUGCUGCCGAGUCAGGGGCACACAGGGUGAUAGCUGUGGAAGCGGCAAGCAUAGCGGAAUAUACUCGCAGCAUAGUGCUGGACAAUUCAUACGCGGCCGUCAUCACGGUGAUCAGAGGCAAGGUGGAGGAGAUAGAGCUGCCCGAGGGCAUCGAGAAGGUCGACAUCAUACUCUGCGACUGGAUGGGUCACUGCCUGUUCUCCGAAAACAUGCUAGAAUCGCUGAUAUUUGCCCGGGACAAGUGGCUGGCACCUGGGGGACUAAUAUUCCCGGAUUCCGCACAGCUGUACCUGGGCGCCAUCUCGGGUCAAGAGGGUGAGGUUGACCAGGACCUCGACCAGUGGAACGAUUUGUACGACAUCGACAUGGGGGCCAUUCGUCGCAGCUGCGAGUGCACUGCCGUGGUGGCGCACGUCGAUGCACGCCAGAUGAUGAGCAAGGUCGUCCUGGUGAAGUCGCUGGACCUGUACACCGCCCCCCGCCAGUCCUGCUUCACUCGCUGCCACUACGAGCUGAAGGUCACGCGCAGCGGGCAGGUCCACGCCUUCUUCGCCUAUUUCGAUGUGGGUUUCGGGAAAUCGCCAAAUCGCGUAUGCCUCAGCACGUCGCCGCAAGCCCUCUGGACCCACUGGAAUCAGACCGUCUUCCAUAUGAAGUCUCCACUGACCGUCGGCCCGGAGGAGACCAUCAGGGGAAUGUUCAGUAUCAAGCCAAGCUUGAAGAACAUUUACGGAUUGGAGUUUGACAUUAAUUUUGAACACAAGGGCAAGGAAAAGUCCAUGCGAGCCAAGCAAUCCUUCUUUCUGGACUACUUCCUCCCGCAAGGACUAUCUUAGAGAGGCCUAGGCUGGACUGAUACUGGCUGUCUCCUGCAUCCACAAUGAAACAAGAAAGACCAGCAGACCAGCAGCAAAACCACAUUUUGAGAGCAAUGUUUAUAUGAUUUUACUCUGUGUGUAGGCAUACUCGUAUAUGCCACACGUAGUGCUGCAAA